GCGCCGUGGGCCGGACUCGUGCUUGUUUUCAGAGACUCGCGUCUUCGGCCUUUGUCGUUCAUCUCCGUGGCUAGUUGUUGCUCGUCUGAGGUCUGAACGAUGAUUGACAAUAAUGGCGACGCGUUUAUUCUGAGUUGACUCCAGGGAACCAUCUCUGGCUGACAAAGGGAACAUCUUUGGAUGGAUUUUAAGCGCCACGGUCAACAACAAUAAGGAUAAGCAGCCACCAAAAGGACUACAUUUACCUUCAACGGAAAGGACUUGCUAGCCAGUAGAGGUUUAUCUCGCUAGCAUUACGAUAGCUAGCUAACUCGGCUCGCUAGCGUGCUAAGUUGAAGAGGUGGCAUUCUUGUGUGUGGAGUGGAGGAGAGACAGCCAGCUUGCUGGGUACUGAGAUCUGACUAAGCUAGCAACAUGGCCACUUAAUAGGCUUUUGGGGUAAUUAGUUUCUCAUUCUCAAAUGCAACGCCGAUGAGGCACUGGCUUGCAGUUAGCUUGUGGGAAUAGUUUUUGUAAGAGCAACCUUUUUAGGUAGCUAACUUAGCUACUUAGCUAGCAGGCUAGCUUUGUGGACUGUUUCAGUGUCUUUCUUGUUAGGACUUGCUCUCGCACUUCUAAUAAGAAACUGUCCACCAGCGAACCGAUAACUUGCUAGCAAAAAACUGCUAGCUUGUCAAACUUGUAAGAAUUGUUGUGGUAUUGUGCGUCCUAUUCGUAAAUGACCACCGGCAGGAAUAACCGGGCGAUGAUGGAAGGAGUUGGAGCGAGAGUGGUCCGCGGACCUGACUGGAAGUGGGGGAAGCAGGACGGUGGAGAGGGACAUGUUGGCACCGUCAGGAGUUUUGAAAGUCCAGAAGAGGUGGUGGUUGUCUGGGAUAAUGGGACGGCUGCUAACUACCGUUGCUCGGGAGCCUACGACGUGAGGAUAUUAGACAGUGCUCCAACAGGCAUCAAGCAUGAUGGAACCAUGUGUGACACCUGCCGUCAACAGCCCAUCAUUGGUAUUCGCUGGAAAUGUGCUGAGUGCACCAAUUACGACCUUUGCACAACCUGUUACCAUGGAGACAAGCAUCACCUGAGACACCGGUUCUACAGGAUCACCACCCCAGGCAGUGAGAGAGUACUUCUGGAAUCACGUCGCAAGUCAAAGAAAAUCACAGCCAGAGGGAUCUUCACUGGUGGACGGGUGGUGAGAGGAGUGGACUGGCAGUGGGAAGACCAAGAUGGAGGCAACGGAAGGAGAGGAAAGGUGACGGAGAUCCAGGACUGGAGUGCCGCCAGCCCUCACAGCGCAGCCUACGUACUGUGGGACAAUGGGGCCAAGAACCUGUACAGAGUUGGCUUUGAGGGAAUGUCGGAUCUGAAAUGUGUCCAAGAUGCCAAAGGAGGCUCUUUUUACAGAGACCACUGUCCCGUCUUAGGUGAGCAGAAUGGCAACAGAAAUCCUGGCGGCCUCCAAAUUGGAGACCUGGUCAACAUCGACCUAGACCUAGAGAUUGUUCAGUCCCUCCAACAUGGCCAUGGCGGCUGGACUGAUGGCAUGUUUGAGACGCUCACCACCACCGGAACAGUAUGCGGCAUUGAUGAAGAUCACGAUAUUGUGGUUCAGUACCCCAGCGGGAACAGAUGGACGUUCAACCCAGCAGUGCUGACAAAGGCCAAUGUGGUACGCAGCGGGGAGGUAGCAGCCGGGGCAGAAGGAGGCAGCUCCCAGUUCCUGGUGGGAGACCUGGUCCAGAUUUGCUAUGACAUCGACCGUAUAAAGUUGCUACAAAGAGGCCAUGGAGAGUGGGCAGAGGCGAUGUUACCUACCCUUGGCAAGGUGGGCCGUGUGCAGCAGAUCUACUCUGACAGUGACCUGAAGGUCGAGGUUUGUGGAACUUCUUGGACGUACAAUCCCGCCGCUGUCACCAAGAUUGCCCCCUCUGGCUCUGCUGUCAGCAACGCCUCUGGAGAGCGUCUCUCUCAAUUGCUGAAAAAACUGUUUGAGACACAAGAGUCCGGAGACAUUAAUGAGGAGCUGGUCAAGGCAGCAGCCAAUGGGGACCUGGCUAAGGUGGAGGACAUCCUUAAGAGACCUGAUGUGGAUGUGAAUGGACAGUGUGCUGGACACACUGCGAUGCAGGCAGCCAGUCAGAACGGUCACGUGGAUGUCCUAAAGCUGCUGCUUAAACACAACGUAGACCUGGAAGCUGAGGACAAAGACGGAGACCGGGCAGUGCACCACGCAGCCUUUGGUGAUGAGGGCUCUGUCAUUGAGGUGCUGCAGAGGGGCGGUGCUGACUUGAAUGCCAGGAACAAGCGAAGGCAGACUCCAUUACACAUAGCUGUCAACAAGGGACACCUGCAGGUGGUCAAAACCCUGCUGGACUUCGGCUGCCACCCCAGCCUUCAGGAUUCAGAGGGGGACACACCCCUGCAUGAUGCCAUAAGCAAGAAGAGAGAUGACAUGCUGUCAGUGCUGCUGGAGGCUGGUGCUGAUGUCACCAUCACCAACAAUAACGGCUUCAAUGCCUUGCAUCAUGCGGCCCUGCGAGGAAACCCGAGUGCCAUGCGUGUGCUGCUAUCUAAACUGCCGAGGCCUUGGAUCGUAGACGAGAAGAAGGACGACGGUUACACUGCACUGCACCUGGCUGCCCUCAACAACCACGUGGAGGUGGCUGAGCUAUUGGUGCACCAGGGCAGCGCCAGCUUAGACAUCCAGAACGUCAACCAGCAGACGGCAUUACACCUGGCAGUGGAACGUCAGCACACCCAGAUAGUCCGGCUGCUGGUGCGGGCAGAGGCCAAGCUUGAUGUUCAGGACAAGGACGGGGACACACCACUUCACGAGGCACUGCGUCACCACACACUGUCCCAACUGCGACAACUCCAAGAUAUGCAGGACGUCAGCAAAGUGGAGCCCUGGGAACCCUCCAAGAACACAUUAAUCAUGGGCUUGGGCACCCAGGGGGGAGAAAAGAAGAGUGCAGCAUCCAUCGCCUGCUUCCUGGCAGCUAACGGAGCGGACUUGACCAUUCGUAACAAGAAGGGCCAGUCCCCUCUAGACCUGUGUCCAGACCCCAGCCUCUGCAAAGCUCUGGCCAAGUGUCACAAAGAGAAGAGCAGCGGCCAGGUGGGCACCCGCAGCCCGUCUCUGAACAGCAACAUCGAGUCGCUGGAGGAGUGUAUGGUGUGUUCGGACAUGAAGAGAGACACUCUGUUCGGGCCCUGCGGACACAUCGCCACCUGCUCCCUCUGCUCGCCUCGCGUCAAGAAGUGUCUCAUCUGCAAGGAGCAGGUCCAGUCGAGAACUAAGAUCGAGGAGUGCGUAGUCUGCUCUGACAAAAAGGCAGCCGUGUUGUUCCAGCCCUGUGGUCACAUGUGCGCUUGUGAGAACUGUGCCAGCCUCAUGAAGAAGUGCGUACAGUGCCGGGCUGUGGUGGAACGCCGCACCCCCUUUGUUCUUUGCUGUGGAGGGAAAGGUAUGGAGGAUGAUGCCGCUGAUGAUGAUGAUGAUGAUGAUGAUGAUGAUGAUGAUGACCUUACAGGGAGCUCUAACACUAUGGCAGGGGGAUCGCAGGAUCUUCUCCAGCCCAACAAUCUGGCUCUAAGUUGGUCCAGCGGAAACAUCCCGGCCUUACAGAGAGACAAAGACAACACCAACGUCAACGCGGACGUACAGAAGCUACAGCAGCAGCUGCAGGACAUCAAGGAACAGACUAUGUGUCCGGUGUGUCUGGACCGGCUGAAGAACAUGAUCUUCAUGUGCGGCCACGGCACCUGCCAGCUGUGCGGGGACCGAAUGAGCGAGUGCCCCAUCUGCCGCAAGGCCAUCGAGCGCCGCAUCCUCCUUUACUAGACUCCCCCAGCGGACUCUUUGUCUUCUCUUAAAGCCCACACCGACCACGCCCGCAAAGCCACAAUCACACCAGCUGCUGCCGCUGCCGCUGCUCAACCAUCCACACAGCACCUGAGUCAGCUGGCCAAGGGCGUUCUCAAAUGUCUUACUGGACACUACAAAUGCUCUCUUAAUGGUUUGAUAGCGUCCAGAUGGAAUUUCUGUUACAAAACAAGGAAAAAAAAUUGACUUUUCAUCCGUUUUGCUAUUCUGUCGUGUGUCCGAACUGCAGCCAGAAAGAUGCUUGCGUCACAGGCGUCGCAUUUUUCUAUUUUUCCUCUCUCUGCCUUUCUUUUCCCGCCAUCUCUUUCACAUUUCUGCGUCAAUCCUCUUUUUCUUGAUAUGGGAAAAUAAUUUUUCUCGGAUUGAGUCUAUGCCGGCUCCUUUAGCCUCACGAUCUUGAAUAGGUGCCGAUUUCUGGAAUUCAUCCUUGCAACAGCUCUGAGCGAAUUCAGAAGCAUCGAGGAUGUGGAAUAGAGGUCGGCCUGUUACCUUUUUGAUGUAAAGUUGUCACGCAUCUGUCGCAGUCAAUGCCAGCUGCACUCAAGUUUUAUUGUAUUUGUAAAUCUUUAUGCACGUGUAUCGGUAUCGGAAGCUCCAGAUGUGGAUUUUAAGUACUUAAUUUUUCACGGCAGUAUGGCAAGUUUGUGACACAUAACUGUUUGCACCAAUUUAAGGUUCAGUGAGUGUUUAAGCUUCGUGUCUGUGUUCAGUUUGGCUGUUGUGACACACUGUAUGCCGACUGUCCUCGCAGUUGAAUACCAGAUGUUGGCGGUUUUGCACUAGAAAAGCUGAAUCAGGGUUAAGAGAAAAAAAAAAAGAAGCUCUUUUUCUGCACUGAUUUUGGAGGUCCACUUCAGCUCAGUGAUUAAAAACACAGAUAGAGUUGUAGUAACUGCCAGGUAGCACACCACACCCGCACUCUGUUUACCAAGCUGGACCGAGAAUGACGGCGGCGGUGUUGUAACACCCUUUUGGCUGCGAAAUUCCAGAGCCGCCGUGUAGCGAUUUAAGAAGGACAAACACGCAAACUCAUUGAGCUUCUGUCCAGUGAUCAGCCCCCGUUGUUCCUGUUUGUUGUACACACAAACCCACACGAUGCAAACACUUCUGUAACAAGAGUAUCUUGUCACGACUUGAUGUUAAACUGUUGAGACUUGGUGGUAUUGUCUGACAAAAAAAAUGUACAAUUCAAUGAGCAUUGCUAAUUUACCAUUGACAACUCUGUGCCAUUUGCUUCCAAAAAUCUACUUGUUAAAUAACUUGUACGGGGAUAAGGUGCUCUUAAUCUUGUAUUACUUUUUUAUUUAAGUGUAUUUCCUUUUUUCUCAAAAUCAACAUUUAUUGAGCUAGAGAGUACAAUCUAUUAGAACACUAAGAUGAAAAUGUAGAAUAAAUUAUUUUGUAUUGCUGCCCAAAAAAAAUAGGAUUUAUAGGUAUCACUGCCUUCCUAAUAUGUAGCCUCAAAAAUCUCUCUAACAUUCUGCUUUGAUAUUAAUGUUGAGACACAUUUGUGAUGUUUUCCGUUUGCUUUCUGUUGGCAAUAGCUUUCUAGCAAUCAUCAGUAGAAGCAUUUUUUUUCUCUUAAAUAGGUCCCUCUAAGCCUAACUUGUUCAUUUGUGAAACAGAAAAAAAAAGACAUUUUGUUGUCAAAAGUGUCGAGUGUCUUUUCACCAGUGUUUAUUUGGGAGGAAAGCUAAUGAAUUUUUUAAAGACAGAACUUGCCUUACCUCUUUUAAAAGGCAGUUGCCCAUGUGGAGACUCAGCAAGGUGGCUAGCUUGCUCCGCUAUGUGGGAAUUUGCAACCGCGUACAAGCAUAUUUUUUGUUUCUCCUUUUAUGACUGAAAGCGACGUUUUUUUUUUUUUUUUUUUUGAGUACAGUUUUGAUUAUUUUCAUUGAUCAUGAUAACACUUUAAGCUAGAAGCACUAAUACGCUUUAUGGUAGUGUUGUCUUGUUAUGGUUGUUAUGAAAAAGCCUAUUUUGUACUUUUAUUUUCAAUACCUGUAACUGUCCUGUUGGAACUGUAUCAGUAGUAUUUUCUUUGGCAUGAAUGUUUGACAUAUGCAGUACGACAUGUAUCAUGGAAACCGUUCAGUCUGUAUUGCUAAUAAGUGCUUUUAAAAAAAAUACCAUAUAGCUGAAAUAAAGUUCUACAUGAACCACGGG